AUGAGCCUACAACGACUUCGUCAUCCGCACAUACUGAGUGUGAUUGAGGCUCUCGUGGAGGAGAGAAGCACAUUGGCAUUUGCAACCAAACCAGUGGUGGGGACAGUUGCUCAGCUAUUGGAAAACAACAGGCAUGAACUGUCAAAUUUGGAAAUGAAGUGUGGCCUUUUGGAUGUUGCGGAGGCAAUGCAGUUUCUUCAUGAGGAUGCCAAGACUGCCCAUUUGGGCUUUUCUCCGUACAGCAUUUUCAUAGAUCCACAGGGGAAGUGGCUACUGGGCGGUUUAGGCUUUUCGUUCAGCGGAGUACAAUGGGGACAGAUGAUGGACUGUCCUUUUGCAUUUUCAGGGCAGGAGGUCGAACAGAUGUUGUUCGCAUGCCUUAGAAAGAGGUAUGCAGCGCCUGAAAUGUGUGGCUUUCCAGCAAAAUGUGGGUUGGAAUCCGACAUGUUCUCGAUGGGGCUAUUGGCGUGCCCCACGAGUGUCUUUUUCUCCCAUCCAAGAUGGAGACUUUGUUGUAAACGGUUUGGGCUACUCUUCAGCUGA